AUGGGGGUCCGGUCUCCUUCGCCUCUCCAGGCCCUCCUAGGGUUCCUGGCAGCGGUGCUGCUCGUGCUCUCUGCCACGCCCUCAGCUCUUGCAAUAUCGAGCAAAGAGGCCGAUGUAAUCGACUACUUUAUCGAAAAUAUCGGCGUACCACGUGUCAAUUCGCUGCCCCACUUCGCACCCUUCGCCCAUUCCAGCUCCUUCUCGGCUUUCGCAGAGCCGCUGGCUGGCGAAGAGAAUACCGUCGGCAAGGACAAACUCAAGAGACUUUCUUCAAGCACUUCUGCAGCGCAGUAUAUCACGCCACGCUUCCACCGCAUCCUCAACCCAAAGACGCACAGACCCGGGGACAAGACGCAAACUGCGGUGUAUACUGCGACAGAGAGCAAUGUCAUUGCUGCACUGAACCCCAGGCAAGGAGCUAUCGUCUGGCGUCAGGUUUUCGAGGAGGACGAUGAAAUCCAAGCCUUCUACACUGCAGCAGAUGCUGUUCUCGUGAUCUCUGGCCCUGGAGGCUGCAAUUACCGCCUCUUUCAUGCUCUGACGGGCUGGCUAAUCUGGGAGCACCACACCCAUGUACCCACAGCACGCCUGCUUCCGGAGCCAGGCUUUCCAGGCGUUGACGCGAGCUUCAUUACCGCAGGCGACGCCGGGGGCGACGUAGCAGUUCUGGCAAAUGCCGAGGUUGUCAAGCGUCUCGAUGGGCAGACGGGCCGCGCGGUGUGGGUUUGGAGCCUGCCCGAGCAGGCGGGCGAUAACGCUGCAUCGCGUGUCAUCAUUCGCGUGCUUGCGACUUCCGAGCGUAUCCAUGCAGUCUCGCUGGCCAAAUCGAGUGGCCUCAUCAGUGACUCGAGCUACUCGAUUUCGGUCCACACGCUUGCUCAUAACGGUACGCUCAUUUCCACGCGGGACAUUCCUGGGUCUUCGGUCCCCAAUGGCGCCAAAGAGGUCGCGCUCGUAUCUCCGGGCGGCGUCCCACAUGUCGUUUGGAAGGGUAGAGACGGUGGGAUCAAGAGCUCUCCACUUUAUGCUUCAGGAGAGAGCAAGCUCCCGGCAUCCCAAAGUAUUUACCCUGCUAAUGCAGACACCAGGUACGCGCGCUUGCAGGAACUCGGUGUCGCUGGCUUUGAGCGCGGCCUCAUCGCAGCUCAGCGCGAAGACGGGAAGGGAGAGGUGCUGCGCGUCUCUCCGACGGGACAGCUGCAGAUGGCGAUCGAGUCCGAAGAGGUCGCACACGACGCCGUCUACUCAGGCUGCUUUGACAAGCAAGGCAAUGCCUACGUCAAUCGGGUCUUCUUCGGUCGUUCGCAGCACCUUCUCAAUUUUCACACGUUCUGGGCGGACGCCAACGACGGCAAAGGCCAGAUCACCGGAUACAGUUUCCAGUAUGACCAUGAUCUCAAUGGCGCCGUCCUCGCUGCACCUUUCGAGGUCAGCCCUGUGAAUCAGUACCAGCUCGUAACCCGCAGCGUAUUUGUCACCAGCAGCGGAAGCAUGCGCAUGAUCCAAGAGGACAAGUACAUGUGGAUCCGCGAGGAGGGUCUAACAGAGACGACUCAUUCCGUCAUUGUCGAGCUUCCCGAAAAGAAGAUCGGAAAUGCAGAGGUGCUCGCGGCGCUGCAGGGUGAAGGAUUCGUCAAACGCAUUGCCCGGCACGCUGCCAGUCUGCAAAGCUUGCCUGCUUACCUGAUCAACUUCGGCAAGCGCUUCACCGCUCUCGAUGGUGAACAGGGAUCUGCCUUCAAGGGCCCAGCGGGGGCACCGGCGACGCUUCGUGCACCGGAGUCGACGACAUCGAGCCUGCCGAAGCGUAAAACUGCCGAGGCUGCCAUCCCUGCGAAUGCGAAGCGUAUUCCGAGCAAGAGCGGGGCUUCGGACGCUAAACAUGCUGAGGAGUAUGCACCAAGUUUGGCACCUCGCUUUGCAGAUGCAAACACGACUGCGAGCUUGCACCGCGAUCUCUUUGGGUUCCGCAAGGUUAUCGUCCACGUCACCAAGCGCGGUAAGGUGUACGCCAUGGAUGCCGGCAGAAAAGGCCAGUUUAUCUGGGAGAAGAGCUUAGUAGGAUACGGAUCCGGUGAAGGCGAGGCAGAGCCGAAGAUCAAAAUCCUCUCGGUCUUUCAAAGUCGAGGCUUUUUAGGUGCUGAGUUCGGCCCGCUCGUCACGAUAGUCGCCGAUAUCCAAUCGGAAGAUGACGCGCCGGUUUUAACGCGCGUCUUCGAAUUUGAUCCCAUCUCAGGUAAAUUUGAAAACAAUGUUCAGGAGGGAUAUCCAAUCGCCUUGGGGCCUGCCAAGGAUGCGUUUGCUCUACCUGAUGCCGGCGUCGGAGCUGCAGCUGGCCGCAGGCUUGUGGGCGUGUUCAAUUCGCACGACACGCUGCUCGUGCAUCCAUUGGCCCACGCGGCAGCCGUCACUUCGGCACUGAAUGGCAAAUUCUACCUCGGGAUUGCCACGGCUGGCGCAACGGCACUACAAGGCUAUGCGAUCGGUGCGGAGGGAGCGUCGGUGCCGACUUGGCGCAUAUCAUUUGCGCCAGGAGAGUCGAUCGCAGAGAUCAUUUCGGCCUCGACCGAUGCCAUUUCCAGCCAGGGCAAGGUUCUCGGUAAUAGGGACACGCUCUACAAGUACCUCAACCCGCAUGCGCACCUCAUCAUUACAACCAAUGCGCUGACCGCUGCGGCGAGUGCCUAUUUAGUCGACUACGUCACCGGAGCUGUUGUCUUUGAGACCGAGCUGGUGAACAUUGAUCUUGCGCACGGUGUUCAGGUGGCCUUCACAGAGAAUUGGAUAGUGCUUGCAUACACCACCGUUGAGGCUGAAGAAGGACAGAUCACACGACUCGUCUCGGUCGAGCUGUACGACGGGGGUGUUGGUGACCAGACGUGGAACUGGACUGGCAAUUUUACCAGUUUCUGGAGCUCCAACCAGGAAAAGCGCGAAGGAGUCCAGGUAUUCCAGCAGACCUACAAUUUUCCACGCGUGAUCCAAGCGCUCAGCACGACUGCGACCAAGUUUGGCAUCAGCAUCAAAACACUGAUCGUUGCUACCGAAGACGGCCACGUCUUUAGCAUUCCCCGCCGCUUGCUCGACCCACGAAGACCAGUCGGGCGCAAGGUGACACAGCAAGAGGCAGAAGAGUGGCUCAUCAUGUACGAUCCUGCAGUUCCGGACCAACCCAAGUGGACUAUCUCACACGUACACACCGUCAAGAAGGCCAGGCGGAUCAUCACUAGCCCUGCGCUGCUCGAAAGCACGAGCCUGGUCCUUGUCACCGGGUUGGACACAUUUUUCACAAGAGUCGCGCCCAGCAGCACCUUUGACAUUCUAUCUAGCUCGUUCAACAAGCCGCAGCUGCUUUUAACUAUCGCAGGGCUGAGCUUGGGUAUCAUCCUCACCAAAGGCCCGGUCCGAAGCCGCGCGCUCAAGAUGCGCUGGUGA